AUGAUACGACGAAAGAGCCUUUUCACUGGGCAGAAGAGUCUGACCGCACCACGACUGGAUGCAACCGCCACAUUCACCGUGUACACCAGAGAUCGACGAAUGAAAUAUGUUGUGCCGUCGGUUUUUGCCUCCCAAAGCUUCAACCAAUUCCGAAAUCGAAGGCUUUUAGAUGUGUCCACAUUUGUAAAAAAAGUUACUGAAAAGAUUAACUCAAAAGCUGCUAAGAUUCCUGAUAGUAACAGCAACUUUCCGGCUGCUAUACGCCUUGUUAUAAUAUCAUUAGUGUGUGAACUGAAGAGGCAUCCAAAAAUGCACUUUGAUGGGAGGGAAAUUGCCAUAAUUCUGCAAAUGUACUACGCUAUUGUGGGAUACAAGGUGAGACUGAUGACUCAGAUUGAAUUUGUCGACUUCUUAGUCGGUAGUUUGGGUAUCACAAACUCACACACACUGGCAGGUAUUAAGCGGGUCACCGUCCAGCUACGUGAUGAUCGUAGACGACCUGAAAAGCUGGGAAUUCCACCUGGAAACUUCGUCAUCAUGCUUUCCAUCUACUUGCGGGGAAGUCUUCUGGAGAGAGCCGAACUCGCCUUUGAGAUUAUGGAUAUAGAUCGAGAUGGUCUGUUGCGUAAGCAGGUGGAAUUUCGACGCUUCUUAGCGGGAUCGUUUGAUCCGGAAAUCGCUGCAACCCAUGCCGACAUUGAUCCCGAUCAACCUGUUCGUGAGACAAUACAAUACUUGGAAAACCUUCUUGCCUCAAGCUCCGACAGAGGGGUGGACUUGAUAAGAUUUAAAGAAAUGGUGGUGAAACAGCCUUGGAUUAUUGACUGUCUUUUACCCAUCUCUUGCCGAGAGCUCCAUAGCAUGGCAUUUCAGAACCUACUAACUGUGAAAACGCUUUGA